GGUCAACCUGUCCAAACUUGUUGGAGGAAAAGUAACUAAUGAGCUGCUGAAGUGACUAAAUCGUCGAAGAGGACUGUUAAUUCAUUCCUGCAUCUGCGACUACAAAGUGAAAGUAAAUGUAUGACUUCGGUUGCGCAGCUUACCUGUGAUUUUUCUGCCUUUCUCCAAUGGGUCUGUCGUAUUUCCUGGCCUAUUUCAUCUUGUCCUUCUUCCUAGUUGCUGGACAGACUCCAAAAUAUGUCCUGAAGGGGAAGGGGGACCACUUGAAGCCAGACAUUCCUGGACAGCCCAACUCGAUUCUCUGGAAACACAACGGCAACAAAAUAGUAGAGUUUGAUGGCAGUGAGGAACAGGUGUAUGACCUGUAUAGAAAUAGGAUCACUCUUAACUGGAUCACAGCAGAGCUUGAAAUCACCGACCUCAGAUAUGAAGACAGUGGAGACUAUGAACUGGAAGUAGACGUUAACGAUGAAUUACAUAGUUCAGAAUCUAAACUGGAGGUCAUAGACAAGGUUGUCACGCCAACCAUAUCCUGUAAAUUAAAUGAAGGCAGCAGCACCGAUGGUUCUGUAGUCAAAGCGACGCUGCUGUGCUCUGCAGAGCCCAGACGACCUGAGUCCUUGAUGAAGUUUGAGUGGAGAUCACAGGGAAAAUUACAUCCAGGAAACAAAUUACCAAUAUCUCUGGGAGAUACACAAAUUGAUGAAGACUAUGUCUGCACAGUGAGCAACCCCUUGAGCAGUGAGAGAGCUACAUUCAGAGCAAAGGACUGCUAUCACGAAAAAAAUUCUCUUCCUCUGGGUGUCGGUCUCUUCUUCCUUGCUUUAUUAUUAUUAUUAGGUGCAUUGGUGGGCACCGUUCUAUUCUUCAAAUGGAAACAAAAAGCAUGUUUUGCAAGAGGACAAAAGGGUGAUAUCGAAAAACAGUCACCAGCCAAAGAGCCCACUGGUGAAAACCGUCCUCUUCUGAGAAAAAGCCCCAACAGAGCUGAAACACUUGCAAGUCAUCAGCCACUUGGCCAUUUGCCACAAAAUCAUGAAACAAGCCCUGAUCAGCUGACUGUCUGUCAAAAAGCAGCUGAUGAGGACCAUCAGCCAGCAGGAGAAGAUUCCGGAGGGGUGAUAUCAGAAGGUUUGAAAGGUAAUGUUGGUGAGCAGGAACCUGCAUCUCCUCUUUUCUCUUCACGUGACAAGGAUCAGGGUCCUCAUGGGAACGUUGACAAAGGUGAUGAUGAAGGAAAUGAGCUGAACAAGGUUCAACAUUCUGACCAAUCAAACACUGAGGAGGAAAGUGGACCAAACCAAUCUGACACAUCUGAGGAAAAAUCUGAGGAUGCACAGCCUCAUGAGAAAUCUACCUCUGAACAACAAGAUUCAGAAAGUACUGAAGGGGAAGAUAUAGAAGCUGAGCCAUCUCUCCAACAGAAUCAGUGUCAUCAUACUAGUGACGGUGAAGGUGAUCAAGAAGAAGACCAGGCCAAAGACUCUACAGAAGCAGAGGUCCAACCUUCUGACCUCUCAGGGUCUGACACAGAAAAUCAACCAAACCCAGCUGAUGGAAGGGAACCUGAAGACACAGCACCAGAUCCAAAAUCCACACCUGAACAGCCAGAAGCUGAUGUUGGUGGGGUGAUACCAAAAGGGCCAGUCAUGACGAUGGUAAAAGAAUAUGACAAUCUGGCAGCCAACAAUAGACAGGCUCCACCAGAGAAAAGACAAGGUUUGAAAGGUAAUGUUGGUGAGCAGGAACCUGCAUCUCCUCUUUUCUCUUCACAUGACAAGGAUCAGGGUCCUCAUAGGAACGUUGACAAAGGUGACGAUGAAGGAAAUGAGCUGAACAAGUUUCAACAUUCUGACCAAUCAAACACUGAGGAGGAAAGCGGAUCAAACCAAUCUGACACAUCUGAGGAAAAAACUGAUGAUUAACACCCUGAUGUGGAAUCUACUUCUGAACGACAAGAGCCAGAAAAGAACUAAAGAGAGGGUGAGGAGACACCUUCUGCUCCAGCCACAGAAAAAGACCCUCAUGACAGUCAGCCUAAGCCCCCCCUGACUGAGGGCUCUGAAGAUUUGGAACCCAAAGACACUGAUGGUGAACAACAGAAAGAGUCUAUGGCAGAAACUGUAGUGACAACCGUCAGCGGAUCCAAUCAAGCAGAUCUACAGAGCAAAAAUGAAUCUACUGAGUCUAUCUAGGGGUAUUCGUCCAGAGUUCCUGAUCCAGAAAAUUCAGAUACAACACAACAAGAGCAACAUUCCAAUGGACCAGAGAACGACCCAAACAUAAAAGAAACUAACUCACAAAAACAGUGGAACCAGUUUCUCCAGAUCUAUCAGAGGAUGUCAGUGAUGGAAAAGAAACAGAUAAGAAACUGAGUUUAGCCACUUUCCAGCAGCCUAAGCACACCACACCAACUGGUGACCCCAGUACCACUGGUGAAGAUCAGUCAACCACUGCAUAAGAAAACCUAAAGAGGAAAAAAAGUAGUAGUGAAGUUAAGCAGGGCUCAGAUGGGAGUGAGGUGUAGUCAGACAGCAGCCCCACAGAGGCAGAUGAAGAAGAGGAUAAAGAGAUAUAUGUGAUAAGGCAGUCAGCCAUGAUAGUCAGUGAGGACAAAGAAUGAGGAGAAGGAAGUAAAGACAGUGUUGUCAAAAAACUGAAAAUGAAAAUAGAUCAUUUACAGACGGCAGAAAGCAAAAGCAAAAAUGUAUGACCUUAACUUACUAAUGCUGUCUGUUUAUAAUAUGAAACAGAUGUCAGUCUAUAUACAGUAAAACACAAACAUCUUUUUGUAGAAAGAAAUGGCUACCACGCCAGGAUUUAGACGAAACCAACUGCUGUAUAAAUAUUUGAUUAAAUAAAAAUAAAAAAUUUAAUUCUUAAUCUGGUUAAGAGACAGGCAAAAAAUUAUUACAUAAGAUAUGCCUCUUUAUGACAUACAAAAACAAACGAGUCAUUAUAUACUUAUUUUGGUUGAGAGUUCAGUCUUUUUGCUGCUUUGUCCAUAUCGGGGCGCCAAAAUCAACACCA